GAACCUAUUGCUUUCAUAUAAGAGUAAUCCCAUUGAAUGGAAAAAAUACGCGCAUUUCGACAAAAAUAAGUACACCCGGAAUCUGGUGGACAAAGGGAACGGCAAAUACAAUCUGAUGCUCGUGUGCUGGUCGGAGGGACAGGGAUCCGGUAUCCACGACCACUCGGACGCCCAUUGCUUUAUGAAAAUGCUGACGGGAAGUCUUCACGAGAUUCGGUUCGAGUGGCCGGACGUCAAGAAGUCGACGCAAGAGAUGAACAAUAAUGUGAAGGAAAGCACUGAAGAGAUGAAGGUUUUGGAGGAGAAUGUGAUGAAGACUAAUGCCGUCGCGUAUAUCAAUGACUCCAUAGGACUGCAUAGAGUGGAGAACAGGUCGCACACCUACCCGGCCGUAUCACUACACCUAUAUAUACCGCCCUAUUCUAAGUGCCAGACCUUCGAUGAGAGGACCGGAAGGAGAAACGAGAUUAAAGUGACUUUCUAUAGUAAAUACGGCUCAAGAACUCCGUAUAAGGUGUCCAAAAUUGGCCACAAAUAACACACAACUUCUGACAAAUCUGUUUUUAUUUCUAAUAAUUAAUUGUAAGAAUAAAUAAAAUGUUUGAUAUUAUAGAGUGAAUUGAUUGCCAAUAAUUGUAAUACAGUUUGAAUGUUAAUAAAUGAAACAUACAUUGAAUG